GCUUUGCAAUCUUAGGUGGCAUGGCAAGCUAAUUUGAAAGAAAUAGGAAUUUCUCUUUCUCCAAUCUCCCGUACGUAACUUUGCUAGAAUUCAGAUUUCAAACCCAAAGUUGCCGAAUUGAAAGAUGGCAAUUCCCGGUAGUUUAAACCCUAUUCAGCUUGAUUUUUUCAAUUCUCAAGGAUAUUUGGUAUUGGAUUCAUUUGCAAACCCAGAUGAAAUUAAGUCAAUGAGGAUCAGAAUGGAACAAUUACUUCAUGAUUUUGAUUCCUCUUCUUCUGUUAUCUUCUCUACUAAAGAUCAUAGUCAUGCCAAAGAUAAUUACUUUUUUGAUAGCGCUGAGAAGAUUUCGUUUUUCUUUGAAGAGAAAGCAUUUGACGAGGACGGCAAACUAAAGCAGCCUAAAGAGCUUUCUAUCAAUAAAGUUGGCCAUGCUCUACAUGAACUGGAUCCAGUUUUCAAAGAGUUUUCCUCCUCAAAGAGUUUCUCAAGCUUGCUCUCAAGUUUAGGUUACAAAAGGCCAGCAGUUGUUCAGUCUAUGUACAUCUUCAAGCAACCAGGUAUUGGUGGAGAAGUGGUGCCACACCAAGAUAAUUCAUUUCUUUAUACAGAACCACCAACAUGUACUGGAUUGUGGCUUGCACUAGAAGAUGCCACAGUGAUCAAUGGCUGCCUUUGGGCAAUCCCUGGUUCUCAAAAAAAGGGCCUUGUGAGAAGAUUCAUUAGAGAUGACGAAGGGGUACAUUUUGACCGCCCAUCUCCAUCAUACGACCAGAAUGAUUUUGUUCCAAUUGAAGUUAAAGCUGGUUCCUUGGUAGUCAUCCAUGGUGAUCUUAUUCAUCAGAGUUUUGAGAACCAGUCACCGAGUUCAAGGCAUGCUUAUAGUUUGCAUGUUGUGGACACUGAUGGUUGCAAGUGGGCUGGAGAUAAUUGGAUCAGAAGAAAGCAGGAGCCAGAGCCCAUAUAUGUUUCUUGAUCCAACACAUCCACUGGCCUGUUCUAUCGACUGUUUGGCGCAUUUGCAAGUUUUACUUCAUAGUUAGAGUUGCACCAUUUUGAUUAUAAAAAAACUGUUUUUUAAAAGAAUAUGUAUGUUAGAAUAUGUACUACGACGUUUAAAUGGCAAUUUAUUGACUGUCUUGCUGUAUCCAUUUCUAUUUCUCAUUGUUUUAAAGUCGUCGUUCAAACAGCUUAUAAAUGGUAUAAAAUCAAUAUCUAA